UUGCACUUAUUUCUUAUAGGGAUUCUUACACGUCAACGAAACUGUCAAAUCGGUACGAAAACUGCCAGACUGCCGAAUCGUCUAAUUUAUGCUGCAGAUAUCGAAAGUGGCCAGAAUUUUUCCUCAUAUUUUCCGAUUUUCAUCGUUUAUCACCGUAAUCUUUGGAGCUUACUUCGAUUCAACGUUUGGUUAGCUUCCCUGGGCUCGGGGAAAAAGGAAAAGAAACAUUGCUUUUAGCGGAAGGUGAAGGAUUCUUUCGGUGACAACAAAACAGGGAAAAUAUGGGAGGCUUGUUCAGCUACUUUCGUGGCCUUUUGGGGAACCGGGAGAUGCGAAUUCUGAUCCUAGGUCUGGACGGUGCAGGGAAGACUACCAUCCUGUACCGGUUACAGGUCGGUGAAGUGGUCACUACGAUUCCGACCAUCGGAUUCAACGUCGAGCAGGUCACAUACAAAAACCUCAAGUUUCAGGUGUGGGAUUUAGGUGGCCAAACCAGCAUAAGGCCCUACUGGCGAUGUUAUUACAGCAACACAGACGCCAUCAUCUAUGUGGUAGAUUCAGCCGAUAAGGAUAGGAUAGGCAUUUCGAAAGAUGAACUGCUGUACAUGUUAAGGGAAGACGAGCUAACCGGCGCUAUUCUGAUGGUGCUGGCGAACAAACAAGACAUGGAGGGUUGCAUGAGCGUAGCAGAAGUCCACCAGGCCCUGGGACUGGAAGCACUCAAAAACCGAACGUUCCAAAUCUUCAAAACGUCGGCCACCAAGGGCGAAGGACUAGACCAGGCAAUGGAUUGGCUGGCUAGCGCGUUACAGGCGCGGAAAUAGUUUAGCUCCCCAUCAAAAAACCCAAACCAGAAUGCCCCAACCUUCCUGUCACUAGAACUAAGCUAGGUUCGCAAUGAGAGAUAUGAUGAUGACGAUGCCACUCCGACGAACUUUCCGACGAUCAACCACAAAGGCCAAUACGGUGGAAUGCUGUAGCGCGGGGUUGGCUUUAAACAGAGACAAAAAACAACAAAACUGAAAUCUAGAACAGCAACAAAACUUUACACAGAACCUUAAAGUGCAUAAGAUUAUAAACUUUCUAUCCCGAAUGUGAGUUGUUUAAGGUCCGUUCCCCCCACUUUUCGAGGCACUCCAGUAAGCGUACGUUUAAUUUUAUUUUUGGCUAGUUUAUGUGACGAUUAUUGGUUUUGCGAUGAGAAAACUGGAAAACAAAACGAUUCAAUUGUUCGAAGCAUCCUUGUGGGAAACCUAAGUUUGCAUUUUUCAUCCUUUUUUGCUCAGUUCGACCAUGCUUUGCGAGAGAAAAGAACACCCGGGUGCAAAGCUUGCAGCAUACGGUUGAUAGAAGAUUCUUGUCGCAUUAAUUUAAAUUAUCUUAAAAGUAAUAUAUAAAUAUACAUUAA